AUGGCCACACUGGGAUUAUCGUCUACGGAGGAUGAGGGCGAGGACCCCUGGUACCACAAAGCGUGCAAGUGCGAUUGCCAAGGAGGCACCAACGCCCUGUGGUCUGUGGGUGCCACCUCCUUAGACUGCAUACCGGAAUGCCCAUAUCAUAAGCCCCUGGGUUUUGAGUCAGGAGAGGUGACCCCAGACCAGAUCACCUGCUCCAACCCGGAGCAGUACGUGGGCUGGUACUCUUCGUGGACCGCCAACAAGGCCCGGCUCAACAGUCAAGGCUUUGGGUGCGCCUGGCUCUCCAAGUUCCAGGACAGCAGCCAGUGGUUACAGAUCGAUCUGAAGGAGGUCAAGGUGAUUUCAGGGAUCCUCACUCAGGGGCGCUGUGACAUCGACGAGUGGAUGACCAAGUACAGCGUGCAGUACAGGACUGAUGAGAGCUUGAACUGGAUUUACUACAAGGACCAGACCGGAAACAACCGGGUCUUCUACGGAAACUCGGACCGAACCUCCACAGUCCAGAACCUGCUGCGGCCCCCCAUCAUUUCCCGCUUCAUCCGGCUGAUCCCGCUGGGCUGGCACGUCCGCAUCGCCAUCCGGAUGGAGCUUCUGGAGUGUGUCAGCAAGUGUGCCUGACGCCUCCUGCCUCAGCCCGGGCCUGCGGCGGGGAGCGCGCAGGGUCCCAGGGGACCGCAACACACCACGGUGACAAACAAGGCUGUA